AUGGACGAGGAGCUGGAGGAGUUUAUUGAGAUUUUAAAAAUUAUAAGGAAUACGACGCUCUCCAAAGACGACCGUCUUCAAGAAAUUCAACCGCGUCUUGAAAACUAUACGAAUACUAGUAUUACGCUUGAGGCGAUGGGAAAUCUAACUGAUCUACAUGACUAUAUCAUGGAACAUGUUGAAAAUGCAUCAGCUAAAGUGCAGGAAUUUUUUUACCAAAUUUACGAUCUUACUGCAGAUAUAAACUUCGACACGAAAACUGAAAAGGAACAAGACGAAGAGGUAAGUGAGCCAAGUGCUACAGCGAGAAAUUACAAGGAAUUAAGUGAGCAAAAAAAAUAAUG